UGGAGCGAUGGGAGUCAGCAGGUGGAGGUGAGGGAGGGCGGGCUAGGUAGAGGCGCGAGGGGAGGAGGAAGUGGAGGGGCGGAGCUGUCUGCGAGGUAUAUGAGGCGAGGCUGGGAGGCCGCACCUCCCAGUUUGUCCUCAUCCCUGCCGUGGCCACACCACCGCCACACCACCACCGCCACGCCACAUACCACUGCCGCUGCCAGGUAGGACAGUGAGCAGCACGCGCCGGCAAGUCACUACGCGUGCAAUCAACACUCGCCAAGAGUGAGCAGACGCAGCGGCCGCACAAUUUUCCCCGCCACCGCCGAAGAGAGGCUCGUGGAUCCUCCGCUGUUAUUAUGACCAAGGGCACGUGGGACCUUUUGCUUACUACGAGGAUGCUGACGCUCAUCAAGUAGAAGAAAACGGGAUAAAACAACAGGCACACUUCUCCAAGGAAAGAGGUUACAGAGCAUUCCCGCUCACCCGCCUGGCCACGGAGCCUCGCCACAUACCAUCACGUCAACGCCCGUCGUCGUCAGACAGCAAACAUUUGUGCCUCCUUUGAUAACUCGAUCCACGCCACUCGUUGCACCAGCACGCGGGGAAGUCUGAAGCGCGACACGACACCAAUCAACAUUCCUUCCCCUCCGUGAUUUCAUGAACCGGUGUCGCCUGUGCAUAACGAAGAAUAAUUUUUUAUUAAAGUAAGACGAGACAACAGUGGAGUGAGGACGGAAAGUUUGCGAGCUUAACUUUAAACACACGAGAAACACAUCUGUGGAAGACGUCCAGGAAAAAGUCCCAACUUGGAAAAAUAAAAUAAAAGAAAAAGCAACAGGGGUUUGGUUUCGCGUGAGUGGUUGCGUGUGUUUGUGUGUGUGAGUGUAGCGCGUGUUGCAGUGGUGUGUGGGCUUGAGGUGUGCGGUGACGGAAGGAGUCAUCCCUACUUGUGCAGCAGCGACGCCAGAGAGUGAGGCAGCAUGACGCACCACACCACCACACUGCUCCUCCUGGUGACCUUCCUCCUCGCCAUCCAUGAGGAAGGGCGUGUGGGCGGCUUCAGCUCGGACCGGUACUCCUACUCCUCAGCGGGCGGCUGGGGGCACAAGGCCUUGGCGGAGCCUGUGUGGGGACACCCGCCGAGGAUCCACAAGAACAGACGGAUUCCGAAGGUGAAGGAAGGGACACCGACGAAGCUAAACCGAGGGGCGGCGCGGGUGGUGCAGGCGUCACACUACGAGCUGGAGUACGUGCUGGGGCGCAAGAUCAUCUUCCUGUGCACGGCGCGCGGCAACCCUCGGCCCCGCAUCACCUGGUACAAGGACGGCGUGGAGCUGUACGCCCACAACUACUUCCAGGUACACGAGUGGGAGAUCGGGCGGCACAAGCUGAAGAGCAAGAUGGAGAUCGACCCUGCCACUCUGAUGGACGUGGGCUACUACGAGUGUCAGGCCAACAACAUUCACGCCGUGGACCACCGGGGCUUCAGGACCCAGUACACGGCCGGCCUCUAGUGCGGCUUCCGGUACAACCCCUACGCCCCCUCUUCCCCUCGCUGUGGCUCCCCAGUACACCUUUACCUUCCGCGGUGUGGUUCCAAGUACACUUUAGACUGGUUAAGUACACUUGUCGCCCCUUGGUGUGACUCCCAGUACACAAUAAGCCUCCCAGUGCGGCUCCCGGUAACGUUUAAGCUUUCUUUAGUGUGGCUUCAGUACACUUAUAGACUCCCAGUACAUAUUCAUCCACCCAGUAUGGUUUCAAAUACACCUUUAGCUUUCCAGUACGACUCUCACUACACCUAUGACUCCCAGUACAUCUUCAGCCGAACAGUACACCUUGAUGUGCCUCCAAGUACAGUUUCAGUGCCUCCCAGUAAACGUCUAACUUCCCAGUAAGGCUCCCGGUACAGCUGCGGUGCUAACAUGACCUUCAGUCCGCCUCAAGGCCCACACUGGUUGCCUAAACGGGUCCGGUGCGGUAGUUUGUCUAUCUGAUGGUUCCCCUCCGAAUAACACACCUGUCCACUUCAGUCCCAAUUAAGCCGUGCUCACCUGCCCGCCCUCUCUCAUUUCUCAGGGCAGGGAGGAGGUGGUUCAGAGUUAGGGGAAGGAAAGGGUGCAGGGAAAGAAAAAGACGGGGGAAAAAAAAAAGAAAAAACGAGAGGAGAGAGGCAAGGAAACAGCAUUCUUCAACUCUCCUCUCUUUUCUCCUCCUCCCCCUUCUCCUACUCUUCCUCCUUCCCCCCUCUUCCUCCACCGAGUCCCCGUAGCCAACCUCAUCAGCGGCUGGCACCCGGGAGUCAGGCCUUGAAUGGAAUAUCGUUUCAAUUAAGAGUCUGUGAAAGGGAGGCCGGUUUGUGUGUGUGUGUGUGUGUGUGUGUGUGUGUGUGUGUGUGUGUGUGUGUGUGUGUGUGUGUGUGUGUGUGUGUGUGUGUGUGUGUGUGUGUGUGUGUGUGUGAAUGUAAAACGCUCAAGGGCCGUGUGUGCGCAAACUGAUGUGCGCGGAAGACAAAUAUACGUACAUGACUAAAGACACUGAUAGGAUUAAUGGUUUGGAGGUUUGGUCUUGAAACAUGCAAUCUUAUCUCUCUCUCUCUCUCUCUCUCUCUCUCUCUCUCUCUCUCUCUCUCUCUCUCUCUCUCUCUCUCUCUCUCUCUACGCCAAGAACAGGCUUUCCUUCCCACCGUCCCUGGGGAGCUGCAGAGCCUCAAACACUCCUGGUGACGUUGGAAGCAUUACACGCCUCCAACAACAACAUUACCCACCUCCACUAACACGUCCACACACAAGAAUGACACAUUUUAGCAUGUUUACCAAUCACCCACACUGCCUGUAACCUUUCACCCACCCUCCUCCAUGCAUUAACAACUUGCAUACUCACCACUACCACCACCACCACCACCACCUCAUCUACUUCCUACACCAGCGACAUGCUUAGCCAUCACCCAACCUCCUCCAUGCACUCUCAGACUCAUCCCCGAGGUUUAGAUCACGCAACACCUGCUUAAAAUAAAAUCCUCAAUUCUCAUCACUUCAAGCACGUCUUUUCAAUGCUGUGUCCUCCUCCUCCUCCUCCUUUUCCGCCUCUACUGCCGCCGCUGUCUAUCUUUCUCCAUGUCUUCCUCACCGACGCAUCAGGCACACGUGGAUUUAAAGCCAUUAGGACUUAAAGCUGUAAUCUAAGCCACGUAAAUGAAAGUGAAGUAGAAAUACCGCUAGCUGAGGCUGAGACUGAGACCACCACCACCACCACCACCACCACCAUCACCACCAAUACCACCACCACCGUCGUUGCUAUAAUACGCAUGUUGCAGCCCAGCAUUUUCGGAAUAAAAGGCAGGCUUUAAAUGAUACCACUGAAAAAAAAAGUUCGUGCGUCUGGUUGGAGAGAGAGAGAGAGAGAGAGAGAGAGAGAGAGAGAGAGAGAGAGAGAGAGAGAGAGAGAGAGAGAGAGAGAGAGAGAGAGAGAGAGAGAGAGAGAGAGAGAGAGAGAGAGAGAGAGAGAGAGAGAGAGAGAGAGAGAGAGAGAGAGAGAGAGAGAGAGAGAGGGAUGGAGAUACAAGGAGGAAAUAAGAAAGAGAGACAGAAGGACAAGAAAAAGGGGAGAGAGAGAGAGAGAGAGAGAGAGAGAGAGAGAGAGAGAGAGAGAGAGAGAGAGAGAGAGAGAGAGAGAGAGAGAGAGAGAGAGAACGGAAGACAGGAGGGAAGGACGAGAAAGAGGGGAGAGAACAGAAAGGGAGACGAGAAAAAAAGAGAAACAAGAAAUACAAGUAAAGAAAGAUAAAACAGAAAACAGAAAAAAAAGACAGAGAAGAAAAAGCAAGUAAGACAGAACAGUAGAUAUCCAAGUUUCUCACUCCGUCAAAAAUCCAAGAAGCAACACAACACAACACAAAAAUCUGAUGGGCCCAACAGUUGGCAGAGCUGAGACAAAUCGAUUCACGUUCCUGCGACAAGGCGACGAGAGGGUGGCAGCAGCAGCGAGGCACGGUGGCCAUCGAUCUUUCUAUCUAUCUACCUUCAUAUGCUCCUCUGCUGACAUUUCUCUUUAUAGGAAAUGGCCUGCGAUAUGUACAGUCCUGAGCGGUGGAGGAGGAGAAGGAGGAGGAUGAGGAGGAGGUGGAGAAGGAGGAAGAGGAGAUGGUGAGGUUGGUGGAAAAGAGAAAAACUGGAUAAUUAGACUUUUCAAAUAGAAGCCUGCGAUAUGUACAAUGAAUGGAGGAGAAGAAGAAGAAGAAAGAGAAGAAGCCGUAGACGGUGAGAGAAAAGAAAGAUAGAGACAGAAAGAAAGUGAGCAAUUACACUUUUCAAAUACAACAAAAGCGCUCCAUUAGAAGAUAAAAACCUGCUCCAUGCGUGUGUUGUAUUAUGCAGUCAACCUGUGAACGGGACGUGAAAUAUGGUGAUAUAAAAGAGUGUGUGUGAUUGCGUGCGGCGCCCUUGUCUCGUGUAUGAGGAUAAAUAAUUUCAUGGGGUGGUCAAAGUUUUGAAAAGGUUGACUGAAUAGCCUUAUGACCAUGGCCGUGCUGGGAGGAGGAGAAAAAAGAGGAGGCCUUGAGGAAGAUGAGGAGGAGGAGGAGGAGGAGGAGGAGGAGGAGGAGGAGGAGGAGAACGACGAAAAGUUCCUUAGAAUUCGCAUGUAUCUUUCUUCCUUUUUGUGACAUUUACUUACACAAGUCACCUUCCCUCUCACUCAACAACAACAGAAACAAGACACAAGGGAACCCACACAACAGGAAGCAUAAAAUACAGAGUUCACCUGCACCGCCACGACUGCAUAAUUUAACACCUGAGCUACAUUUUAAGGGGAGCAAUUCACGCCAAUCAUAGCACAGGUACAGAGAGAGAGAGAGAGAGAGAGAGAGAGAGAGAGAGAGAGAGAGAGAGAGAGAGAGAGAGAGAGAGAGAGAGAGAGAGAGAGAGAGAGAGAGAGAGAGAACAUAGAUGCACUUCGUUAGUUAAUUUUGGCCUUAAUUUUGGCCCGUUUUCUUUACGUCAAUCAAUUACAUAAAAGUGGGUAAAUCAGGUUUUCUUUAGGGAUUUCCAUCUUCAGUAGAGAUUUUCAUUUCCUAUUUUCUUGUCCUAGGUCAGUCAUAAAAAAAAAAGUAGACAAAGUUGAAUUCAGGUCCUCUCUCUCUCUCUCUCUCUCUCUCUCUCUCUCUCUCUCUCUCUCUCUCUCUCUCUCUCUCUCUCUCUCUCUCUCGCAUCUCCAACCUCACCUCCAUCGCGUGAAUCUCCAGAAAAAUGGAUAUUACAAGAUUAACCACGAGUCCCCCACAAUCAAUAUUCCUUCAUUCUUCUCCUUUACUUCUUCGUCUUUCCCUUCUAUCCUCUUCCCUUUUUACCUUUUUAUUAUUCUGACUCUCGUCCUUCAGUUCUUUGUGUUCCCUGUCUACCCUCUAUCCGUUCACGUAUUUUCCUGCUCUUCCUCAUUCUCCUCCUCCUCCAGUUGCUAUCUCUCUCUCUCCUCUUGAAGCCAAACAGGGUUCCGGCCCCAUCGUGUUUAAUCUUCCAGCGAUAAAGUCGAACGGUACAGCUCAGUGCAAGGUGAAUGUUUACGCUUUGUGUGCGUUUGUGUGUAUAUAUGUGUGUGUGUGUGUGUGUGUGUGUGUGUGUGUGUGUGUGUGUGUGUGUGUGUGUGUGUGUGUGUGUGUGUGUGUGUGUGUGUGUGUGUGUGUGUGUGUGUGUGUGUGUGUGAUGGAGACUGUUGUAAGUGAUUAAAUGGUCUCUGCUUCUGUCUGUCUGUCUAUCUGUUUCUCUAUCUAUCUACCUAUAUACCUAUCAAUCUAUAUUAUUUUCCUGUCUGUCUACGUCUCUCUCUCUCUCUCUCUCUCUCUCUCUCUCUCUCUCUCUCUCUCUCUCUCUCUCUCUCUCUCUCUCUCUCUCUCUCUUCCCUGUGUUUACAAAGACACAAGGGGGAAGGAAAAACAAUUACGUGACAUCAAAAACAAUACAUCCUUUUACCAAUUUCCAAAAUAAUGAUUGGCCUUUCACUCUCGCUUUGCACCGGUAAUUUUGUUGGUGCCGCCCUCCUCUCCUCUCCUCUCCUCUCCUCCCGCGUCUCCCGUUACUGAAACACAUCACUCAGGCCAGCUAUUGGGGAGCGCGCACACACACACACACACCCACACACACGCACACACACACACACACACACACACACACACACACACACACACGAUAAGUAGCGUGAAGGAUCCUAUCGGGCCAAACUAUAUGACUUUCAUGGUUUUGAUGAAAAUAGUGGAGAGAAUAGUUGUCCAGAAUGGUCUAAAAAAGUUAUUAAAAAAAAAAAAGGCAACAACCACCGCCUGUACCAUCCCCAGUCCUUCUUUGUGCAUUUAAUUGGUUCAUAUGGUAAUGUGUAUAUGAUUUAUAGACACUGGAUUUACUGAACUUUAUGAGAUAACUACUUGCGGUACAUGUUAAUGGAUGUACCGCGUAAAGCUCAGAGACAAUGUUCUCAAACACUUCUUCCUCCCAUCUCGACUACUUUUAUCAGGCGCCAAGGAAAGUUGUAGUUCAAAGGUAUUUUAAAGUUUCUAGUGAUAGUUAAAUAAAGAUUCUCCAUCGUCAGUAGGAAAAGCAGCCAUGAGAACCCGACUAAUGAUCACUGGGAUUUGGAGACAGUUUUUGUGAGAGCCUUGAAUGUUUCAAAAUACGAACACUCAUCAGUCUUCGAUAGAAAAAUAACCUAACCUACACAGAACCUUCGGCACUGCUCUCAGCACACACACACGUCAAGAAACACGUCAGUCAGUUAGGACAUGACAUGCUUCCCCUCUGACGGUGUCCCCUCACAACUUACUGAGUCCCUAAGCUGCUUUCACUAGUAAGAGAGUGAGGGAAGCCACCGUGCACCACACGAUUCCUUGGCGCGAGGUGACACGCAGACACACGCCUCCAAUCACAUGCUAAACGUACUGAAGUCACCACCAUCACCACCAUGAGGCUGAACUGAAUAAGUUGCCACUAUCAUCAUUUCAUCACCUUCACCAUACACAGCUACAGCCGCCACCACCACUACCAGCAUCGUCACCACCAUCACAGCAUUGAACUCGUCACCCCAUCACCAUGUUAAUGUAAGGUCACCGUCACUACCACUACCACCACCACCACAACCACUACACAGCAAGGAGGCGCCACAGUCCCUGCCCUGCUUCCUCCGCCACAUCGAGGGGCCCCGUGCCCUGCCCCGCCCUAAGGCUACUCAAUCCCCCGCGGGGCAACACACCCGGAGCUUCAACACUUCGUAGCUGUAUAGAUCCGUGUAUUUACGAAUAGGGAAAUGUAUGAUACUUUCCCCAUAUAGUUUUUGACGAUAUACAUGUUUUAAAUAUAUUAUAUAUUAUUAUUAUACUAAUAUACUAUAAGUAACGGUGAAGUGUAUGUAGUGUGUGUGUAUGUGUGUGCUUGUGUUGGUCUGCCAGCGGCCCCGCUCCCUCGCCCACACACAAGGGAGGGGAAGGCAGGUGCGGGCCUCGGGCAGGCUGCAUGAACACACACAACAUUUUUUAGACCAUUUUGAACUAUCAAUUGAUAAUAUUUCCUUUCGUAGCGAACCUCUGAGUUGUGUGUCUUAGUGAAUGUCAUAGUGAGGCGAGUCAGGUAACUGAGGCGAGUGUUUCCUGCUGAGGUUGCCCGCCCACUACCCGCCAUACGCCGGGGACUCACCUUAGCUCGCACAUGCCUCUUGUGCUGCUGACGGUACUUAACACUCAUGUGCACUGGCAGAAUGUUCAUGACAAGCGUAAAUCACCUGACAGACAGCGAUGGCCAGAAUACGUACGGUGAAGUGACAGCAGUGUAAGAAGCCGCAGUCCCACAGCCACAGUACCGCGGUUCCAGCAGCGGGGCGGCGCGCUGUCUCCGCCACCGCUUCAUGUCUUAUUGUAGUUUAUAUGCAAUUUUCUACUAUUUCAAAGUAUAUGAUGUACCUACGUUAAUAAUUAUUAAAGCAAUUAUACUACAGCGCAUGCUCUCUCUCUCUCUCUCUCUCUCUCUCUCUCUCUCUCUCUCUCUCUCUCUCUCUCUCUCUCUCUCUCUCUCUCUCUCUAAGACCUACAAUGCCAUCAGUAAAUGGUUCCUGAGUCAAACCACCAUUCUGGAACUGUCUGUGUUCCCGGCAGGUGGCGACGGCUGCAGGAGGGCUGUGUGGAGGUGAAGUGACAGGUUGUCAGUGAUGGAACUGGCUGAUGGAGAGGCAGGGAGCUGGUGACGGGAAGGAAGGAGGGAGCACAAGACCCGCAGGGAGAACGAUAUUAUGAGAGGAUUGGAUAGAUGCGCCAACUAAGCUGUUUACAAAUUCCAAACAGGUGCAAACAAUAGUGAGAUGGUGGUCUUGGCUUCUCUCCUGGUUUCCUCUUACCGGAUCCCCUUUUGGUGCUGCACAGUGACUGACAGGACCCUCCUCACACUGCCCUCCGCCCUGCCCUCGCCUGCCCUCGCUGCCUGCCUCGCAUCAAAAGCAAAGGGUUUCAUCUUACUCUGUCAGUUCCCCUGCGGUGUGCUAAACUAAACUGAAUAAUAACAACAACAAUAUUAAUCUUCUGAAUUUCCAUGUGUAUUGAAUAGUUUGGUGCGUGAGAGAGAGAGAGAGAGAGAGAGAGAGAGAGAGAGAGAGAGAGAGAGAGAGAGAGAGAGAGAGAGAGAGAGAGAGAGAGAGAGAGAGAGAGAGAGAGAGAGAGAGAGAGAGAGAGAGAGAGAGCUCGAAGCACCUAUUAUAUGCACCUGUACCACCACCCUCACCACCACUAUCAACACCACCACGCAGCAAUAAUUAUUGAUAAAAGGUUAACAACAAAGACAA